GAACCAAAAUUCACUUAACCUUACACAUUAAGGACUCUUUUGGAUUUUUCCCUCUCAGGGUUUUACAUCCACUUCUACAACUACGAUGGGAAGUUAAAGCUCAGACCGCCGACCGCCGACCGCCGACCGCCGACGCCACUGGUAUCUACUAUUUCGAUUCCCGCUUCGGUGACGACUUUCUCAAUAUCGGAAAAUGCUCACUUAUUACAACAUCUACAGAUAUACUUACCUCUCGUUCUGAGAAUACAGAUUACAGACGGCUUUCGGGACUGAGUUUAGUGAAGGACAGCUUCUGCAAUUCCCCUUUUUCUUGCGUUUCUCUCAUCCUCUCUUUCUCCGGUGACUGAUAAUCUGUGUUCUGAGCUACUUUUGGAACAAAGAAAUGAACUUUGGGAGACUGAAGAACGUGGUAGCUGCUGCAGCCAUUGAAGGGGUGGCUGAGGCAAGGGCCAGGAUAUUUGGUCAUGUGCUUAAUCCAACCGGGCAGAGAUCAUCCCACAAGGUUUUACGCAAGAAGCUCAUCGGUGAGAAGGUGUCACAAUGGUACCCACAUGAUAUCAUGAAAGAUGAUCCUCUUGUGAUGGCACGUCAAGAGCAAGAGCGCCUGAGCAAGCUUGAAAUGCUUAAACGUCGUGGAAAGGGACCUCCUAAGAAGGGUCAAGGCAAGCAGGCUAAAAAGCGCAACAAAUAGAGAUGAUACUUUCACCGGCUUGCAAAUGGUAUCAGCAGCUUCGUGCUGUUGCUAUACGUUACUCCUUGCAAUUUGAUUGCCUUUUUGCCACUGAUCUCAUAGGAUUUCUUUCUGCAACUCAAGCAUCUACUUUCAAUAGUCUUUGUUUUCAUGCUUGUUUCUGACUUUUAAUAUUGCUGAUACACAUUUGUUAGUAUCAACUAAAGUGAAUUUAGGGGUUGAUUGGUUUGGAGGAACAUUUGGGGUUUAUUAGUUCAAAUGAAUAAAAGUUUACGAUGA